AUGGCGAUUGAAUGUCGCGAUAGUCGUGAAUGUAGUGAAUGUCGCGUGGCGAUUGAAUGUCGCGAAUCUCGUGAAUGUAAUGAAUGUCGUUUGGCGAUUGAAUGUCGCGAAUCUCGUGAAUGUAGUGAAUGUCGCGUGGCGAUUGAAUGUCGCGAUAGUCGUGAAUGUAGUGAAUAUCGCGUGGCGAUUGAAUGUCGCGAUAGUCGUGAAUGUAGUGAAUACCGCGUGGCGAUUGAAUGUCGCGAAUCUCGUGAAUGUAGUGAAUACCGCGUGGCGAUUGAAUGUCGCGAUAGUCGUGAAUGUAGUGAAUACCGCGUGGCGAUUGAAUGUCGCGAUAGUCGUGAAUGUAGUGAAUACCGCGUGGCGAUUGAAUGUCGCGAUAGUCGUGAAUGUAGUGAAUACCGCGUGGCGAUUGAAUGUCGCGAAUCACGUGAAUGUAGUGAAUAUCGCGUGGCGAUUGAAUGUCGCGAUAGUCGUGAAUGUAGUGAAUAUCGCGUGGCGAUUGAAUGUCGCGAUAGUCGUGAAUGUAGUGAAUAUCGCGUGGCGAUUGAAUGUCGCGAAUCUCGUGAAUGUAGUGAAUGUCGCGUGGCGAUUGAAUGUCGCGAAUCUCGUGAAUGUAGUGAAUACCGCGUGGCGAUUGAAUGUCGCGAUAGUCGUGAAUGUAGUGAAUACCGCGUGGCGAUUGAAUGUCGCGAAUCACGUGAAUGUAGUGAAUAUCGCGUGGCGAUUGAAUGUCGCGAUAGUCGUGAAUGUAGUGAAUAUCGCGUGGCGAUUGAAUGUCGCGAUAGUCGUGAAUGUAGUGAAUAUCGCGUGGCGAUUGAAUAUCGCGAAUCUCGUGAAUGUAGUGAAUGUCGCGUGGCGAUUGAAUGUCGCAAUAGUCGUGAAUGUAGUGAAUAUCGCGUGGCGAUUGAAUGUCGCGAUAGUCGUGAAUGUAGUGAAUAUCGCGUGGCGAUUGAAUGUCGCGAAAGUCGUGAAUGUAGUGAAGACCGCGUGGCGAUUGAAUGUCGCGAAUCUCGUGAAUGUAGUGAAUGUCGCGUGGCGAUUGAUUGUCGCGAUAGUCGUGAAUGUAGUGACUUUCGCGUGGCGAUUGAAUGUCGCGAUAGUCGUGAUUGUAGUGAAAGUCGCGUGGCGAUUGAAUGUCGCAAAUCUCGCGUAUGUAAUGAAUGUCGUUUGGCGAUUGAAUGUCGCGAAUCUCGUGAAUGUAGUGAAUGUCGCGUGGCGAUUGAAUGUCGCGAUAGUCGUGAAUGUCGCAUGGCGAUUGAAUGUCGCGAUAGUCGUGAAUGUAGUGAAUGUCGCGUGUCGAUUGAAUGUCGCGAUAGUCGUGAAUGUCGCGUGGCGAUUGAAUGUUACGAUAGUCGUGGAUGUCGCGUGGCGAUUGAAUGUCGCGAUAGUAGUGAAUGUAGUGAAUAUCGCGUGGCGAUUGAAUGUCGCGAUAGUCGUGAAUGUAGUGAAUUUCGCGUGGCGAUUGAAUGUCGCGAUAGUCGUGAAUGUCGCAUGGCGAUUGAAUGUCGCGAUAGUCGUGAAUGUAGUGAAUGUCGCGUGUCGAUAGAAUGUCGCGAUAGUCGUGAAUGUCGCGUGGCGAUUGAAUGUUACGAUAGUCGUGGAUGUCGCGUGGCGAUUGAAUGUCGCGAUAGUAGUGAAUGUAGUGAAUAUCGCGUGGCGAUUGAAUGUCGCGAUAGUCGUGAAUGUAGUGAAUUUCGCGUGGCGAUUGAAUGUCGUGAUAGUCGUGAAUGUCGUUUGGCGAUUGAAUGUCGCGAUAGUCGUGAAUGUAGUGAAUACUGCGUGGCGAUUGAAUGUCGCGAUAGUCGUGAAUAUAGUGAAUGUCGCGUGGCGAUUUAA